CUUCCACUUCAACCAAUCGGCUCUCUGCAAAUGUCACCACAGGCCGACGUAUCUGGACCGUUACUUGUGCGACGUCAUCGCGUAUUCCAGAAGGCGGGAAGCUUUUGAAACUUCAAGGCAAACCGGAAGUAGGAGAUCGGGGCACAAUACGGGACAAAAUGAGUACAUCAACACCUCAAUCAGGAGGGCGCAGAAAACCAGAAACUCCAGACAGUGCUUUUCUGUCCCCAGCCACUAGGCCUCAGCCCAUCAGUGCUGCUGCUACUCCCACCCUGCUGAAUUUUACCAGCAAUGAUGAUGAACGGGAAAGAAAACUUCGGCGCAUGUCCAGGGUCAUUGACCUGCAGCUUAGCAAUGCUAAUUCCCCUGCUACUGCUAUUUCACCUGCUCAGAGGGGAGCUGAUACUCCAACAUCUCUACUGCCCAAAUUAAACAACACACAGAUUUCAGAUCAUUAUUCCACCUGCAUUAAGCUGUCUCAAGAAAAUAAAAUAACUACUAAGAAUGCAUUUGGAUUGCACUUGAUUGAUUAUAUGGGUGACAUCCUGAAACAUAAAGACAGUGAACUAACUAAUUUCAAAGUUGCAGCUGGGACUCUGGAUGCCAGUGCCAAAAUAUAUGCAGUUCGAGUCGAUGCUGUUCAUGCAGAUGUCUACAAAGUUCUUGGUGGCCUGGGAAAGGAAUCUCAGGCAACCGAGGACACCGAAAACCAGGAAACAGAUACAGGUCCUCAGGAUGGCAGAAAGAAUCCGAAGAGGAGGAAAUGCUCAUAUAAAACAAUUGAGAGGAAUCUGAAUAGCAUAAAUCGUUCAGAAACAGAACGCAAGAGUGAGAUUGACCCACUAUUCCAGAAGGCAGCCGCCUCUUUUGAUGAAUUCAGUACAGCUGGUGUCUUCCUCUCCACUCUGAAAUGUCACAGUUAUCACAGCGAGUUGCACUUUGAUGCAGACGUGAAGCCACUUUCAACCGCAGAGGAGACAGAACCACCUAGUCCAGGUUCUAUGGACAGUACAGAACUUAAAUCCCUGUUUUUACAGUGUGUGGAAAAGCGUCCGCUAUGUCCAUCCCUCUCUGGGUUCCGAUUCAUGCAGUGGAACAGUGAUGCCCAAAACGAGAACUUAUCAUUAUUAAUGGACAAGUUUAAGAAGAGCGACCACGUCUUUGACAUCAAUGCAGAGGUGGAGGAUGACUUUGUGGAGUCAGAAGCUCCGGUAGCUGAUGAAUUCGAUGCAGAUGUUUGCGAAGGGAUGGAUGCUGGAGAUAUUGGAGAGUUUGCAGAGCAUCGUGAAGCUUGCAGAUUAGAAAGAAAAGGAGCACAGCUAACUCAGAUCGGAAAUGGAGACAUCGGUACCAUGUGCCUUCAACUGUCUUCAUGCCCGGGAGAGUAUUCCUACUUUAGCCCUCGUACCAUGUCCAUGUGGGCCGGCCCUGAGCAUUGGCGUUUCCGUCCCCGUCAGAAAGCCAGCACAGAUUCUGACCAGCAGCGGGUUAAGAAGGCAAAGAAAGUAUUUGAAUUAAAUUUUGAAGAUGACAUUGACUUUGAAGUUCAUUUUCGGAAAACCAGAGCUGCUACCACACUCACAAAGUCUACACUGGAAAGCCAGAAUAAGAAGUCUACAACACUGCCUGCAGACUUCCAUUAUGAUCCAGACAACAUUGCCAGGAUGAGUCUGAGACCAAAAGACAGGAUAAGAAAGACAACUGUUCAGGAAUCUGUUUCUGAACCUGAAGAUGACAUUGGUGACUAUGAUUACAAUAAUCCCAAUGAUACUUCCAACUUUUGCCCAGCCCUUCAGGCUGCAGACAGUGAUGAUGAUGAUGAGGCAUUUUUGGGGCCUGAGUCCAACAGCGCUGGAUUUUCAGCCGAGAACCAGAUGAACAUCACCAGUUAUGGGGAGUCCAAUCUUGUGGCAGAGCCACAGAAGGUUAACAAAAUAGAAAUUCAGUAUGCCAAAACAGCUAAGAAAAUGGACAUGAAGCGUCUUAAGAGCAGCAUGUGGAGUCUGCUAGCUAACUGUCCUGAGUCACAGGAAGAGAUGCCCAGUUCAAAAGAAGAAAUUGAUGCUGCAUUAAUAACUGAUGAGCAAGUAUUCAGCAGCGUUACCCAUGGCUUGCAAAAAAGGUUACCUCCCGUGAUGGCUCAGAAUCUCUCAGUCCCCCUGGCAUUUGCUUGCCUCUUACAUUUGGCUAAUGAAAAGAAUUUAAAGCUGCAAGGAAUGGACGAUCUAUCAGAUGUAAUGAUAAUGCAAGAUGACUAACUAUUGGCAAGUUUUCUGGCUAAGAGACUCUUCUGUGGAAUUACAGUGCACAAAUAACACUUCAAAGAAAAUAUUUUUAAAAAGACUUUGGACUUUUGUUGCAACUGUAACAGAAGAAAUGCUUUGUCCACCGUAAACCCUCGAGUAUUUUUUCAUAUAUAUGUAAAUAAUGUAUUUAUCUCACAAUAAUACAUGUCGUUUUUUAACCCCUUACCAUUUAUAGUAGCCAGGAUGAAAUAAAACCCAAAAUGAGCCAAAAAUA